AUGCUCCCUGCGUUGUACAGCACUCUAGUCAAGAUCUGGAUUGCGAACAUCGACUCUACCCUGGUGGUUACAACGGAUGUCUAUACUUAUAUCGGCACUGUUGCCGAGGUACUUAACGAAGGUCUUCCUCGUGCCGUCUGGGUGACUAUCGCCGAUCAGGUUACGCGUUCAUACGAGUCUCGUCUAGAACUCGCACAUACUCUGGUCGCGUUCCAAACAGUCCUCGGUCUGAUCAUGAGCAUAAUUUUCACCAGCGCAGCCAAAGCCUUCACGGCCACCUUCGUCCCGCGUGAGGCUCGGAAAGCAAGUAUUACCUAUGUUCAGAUUAGUGCAUUCUCAGCCCUCAGCUCUGCUAUAGAAGUUGCAGUAUCCAACGCCACAAGGGCUCUGGACAAGCCCGACGUUCCUCUCGUGAUUAGUUCGGUUAAGGUUGUCGUGAACAUUAUCUUGGAUCUCCUGAUCAUAUCCAAGUUUCAUGCUGCGAUUCGUCUAAACUGUGACAUGGUCACGGCUCUUACUGGCUUAGCAUACUUCAUCCAGACAAUAACCUGUUUGAUCACCUUUGUCGAGUCGGCAGUUCGAAAUGCGCUAUACCUCUGGUUGGUUGCAGGAAUCGUGACGAUGUCCGCAGACUAUGCUACAGCAUGGGGGAUAUUCACCUCAAUUCGAUGGGGUUUGAUCAUGGUGCCUGUUCAGGCACUGGAGGCUACGUCUCUAGCUUUUGUGGGGCAUUUCUGGGCUAUCUUCAAGGGAAAUAAUAUACAAAGCGGGUGUUGGAGAAAUCUUGCAAUGGUCGCGCGACCGGCUUUUCUCGCUGCUGGUAUAGCUUUAGCUAUCGAAGUACCCAUCUGCAUCCUUCUGGCUACUGUAGGGCGCAAACCGUUUGCAUAUUAUCUAAGUCAAUCGGAAAGGGUUGCUGAGAUCACGGCUCAUAUGUGGCAGACGAUAGAUUGGUGA